CGGAUUAUUGGCACUCAGUGCCAGUUUUUAUUGUUCUAUUUUAUCAUUCAGCGCGUAUCGCGACGUCCCGUGGUGCAUUUCAAAUAUUUACAUUCUUGUGGUCAGGUCAAAGUUCAAAAUUCACAGGUAGGACGAGGAAGAGCUGUAACAAUGAUGAAACCCCUACACCUGUUCUACUGUGUGAGCCUGCUUGGUUUGACCACCAUUUCAGGCUUGUUGUCGUUGCUGUACCACUGUGCACCUGUCCUGUACAACCUGUGCACGGGAAUACUACUGGGGUCAGUGGGAUACUGUGCGGUUCAGUACUUGAUGCCGAAAGGCUGGGUGAGAGGGGAAGGCAAAGCUGUCUUCAUUACAGGUUGUGACAGUGGCUUUGGCUUUCGACUGGCCAAACGUCUGGACUCGCUGGGCUUCACGGUGUUUGCCGGCUGUCUGCUGGCAGACAGUGGUGGGGAGGGGUCGACGAAACUCCGGGCGGAGUGCUCGAGUAGGCUGAGUACUGUUCAGAUUGACGUCACUGAUGAUGGACAGGUGCAGGCCGCUGUACUACAGGUCAAAGAUCGACUGCCAGCGGGGUCAAAGGGUCUUUACGCAUUGGUGAACAAUGCUGGGGUCUGGCAACCGGGAGAGAUAGAGUGGGCCAGCAUUGCCGCCUACCGACGCGUGAUGGAAGUGAACACCUUCGGCACUGUGCGGGUCACCAAGGCGUUCUUGCCUCUGAUUCGUCGUGAAAAGGGCCGAGUGGUGAACAUCACCAGCGAGGCUGGGCUUCACGCGUCUCCGGGGGUCUCUCCGUACAGCAUGACCAAAGCAACUCUGGAGUUCUUCUCUGACGCCCUAAGACAUGAGAUGCACAAAUGGGGAGUGAAAGUCGUACUCGUGGAGCCGGCGAGUUUCGGGCCGUCUACUGGUAUCACCGUACCUGCUGUCUUCAAUAAACUGGCUUCGGAUCUGUGGUCCAACAUGGAAGAGGUUGUGAAGGAGGACUACGGGAAGGAGUACUUCGAUUAUCACAUCGAGCGACUCCGGGCCUGUACCCAAGGCGAGCGCAAGGACAACACCCCUGUCAUAGACGCUAUGGCGGACGCCGUGACCCUGACCGACCCCUCCCAUCGCUACCUGGUCGGGGCGAGUUUUGAGGACUACGUCAACAAGAUCUGGCUGGGGCACUUCUCUACCCUGUGGACGGACUCUACAGAACGUCCAAAUAGAGAGGACGAACCAAAACCAACCAUGCUGCAGAAGUAGACGGAGUCUUUAUUUGUCAGUACAAUUGUAAAACAGCUCUGCACUUAUGAUGAUGCAGUUACAAUACAUUGUAAUAACACAUUAACCAUUAAUACAGCAAUCAAAAUUGUAUUCUAUGAAUAGCUUUUUAUUUGGAAUCAAAGACGCAUGUAUUGUGGACAACUUUGUAUGGUUUCAUUAGAGUAUUUCUGUCGGACCAAAACCUCCUACUGAUGUUGUAGGAAUAUGUACAUCUGGUGACAAAGAGCGGUUUUCUUACAUCUCAUAUGAUCCAUGAUGAACUUAAUAUUUUUGACAUGUUUGAAAAUAUCAAUAUUUCAUCUGUUCUCAUCCAUCAUUCAAAGCGAUGUCCGUCAGCCGAACAAAAUAAACUCUAUGGAAAUCACA